AAGUAAAACCUGCUGGUCCUGGUCGUCUGAACACUGGAGUGAAGUGGCGUGCUAGUGGUUACGGACUUUUCUGUCUGUUGUUUGUCUGUUGUUUAAUGUUUUUGCCGCUUUUUAAUUUGACCUCCGAAGUUUCACAAUAUUAAUUGCGAAGCCCAGCGCUUUGACCAACUUAGAGGAUGUUUUAGGAAAGUUCCCGAAGCGCUCUUUGAGGAACCGAUGGGAGGAGAUGGAUAAGCUAACCGAUAGCUUAGUUGUUAGCCGAGAAUCAUAGAUCAUAGAAUAGGUUCGCGCUAGCAUGCUAACAACUAGCUAAUUUAGCAUUCGUCGGCUAACCAAGUGACUUUGUUCAACCUGUAACGUCAGAACUACUGCCAGCUUGUGCCCGGGCCUGGCUGCUCACCCUGCAUAAGAUUGUCAAAAGCCAGCUAACUCAGGAAGACUCGACUUCUGUGUAGAGGGGAACGACAUUAAGAGGUGGCGGCUGUUAAUCUUUCAGCUUAGCCCAUAAACAUGCUGUCCAACGCUCAGAACCAGCCACUGUUUCCGAACCCGGCGGGUCAGCAGAACCCGGGCGGGCAGCAGAAUCCCACGGGCCAGUUCCUACCCUUUCAUGCGAGACCCAACCUACAGAUCAAGAAGAACGCCAUAACUGACGACUACAAGGUGACUAACCAGGUGUUGGGUCUGGGCAUCAAUGGCAAGGUGCUCGAGAUCUUUCAGAAGAAGACCGGUGACAAAUAUGCGCUUAAGAUGCUACAGGACUGUCCUAAGGCCCGCAGGGAGGUGGAACUUCACUGGAGGGCAUCACCCUGUGCCAACAUUGUGCGCAUCAUUGAUGUUUAUGAGAACCUUUAUCAAGGCAGAAAAUGUCUCCUUAUUGUGAUGGAGUGUAUGGAUGGUGGUGAGCUUUUCAGUCGAAUCCAGGACAGAGGAGACCAAGCCUUCACCGAGAAAGAGGCAUCUGAUAUCAUGAAGAGCAUAGGAGAGGCUAUCCAGUUCUUACAUGCGGUCAACAUUGCACAUCGAGACGUCAAGCCAGAGAAUUUACUGUAUUCCUCAAAGAGGCCCAAUGCCCUGCUCAAACUCACAGACUUUGGUUUUGCCAAGGAGACCACUUCACAUAACUCUUUAGAUACUCCCUGCUACACCCCGUACUAUGUUGCUCCAGAGGUCCUGGGCCCAGAGAAAUAUGACAAGUCAUGUGACAUGUGGUCAUUGGGUGUCAUUAUGUAUAUCCUGCUGUGUGGGUACCCUCCAUUUUAUUCCAACCAUGGCCUAGCCAUCUCGCCUGGGAUGAAGAAAAGGAUCAGGAUGGGCCAGUACGAAUUUCCCAACCCUGAAUGGUCUGAUGUAUCAGAGGAAGCUAAACAGCUCAUCAGGACGCUCCUAAAGACUGAACCGACCCAAAGGAUGACCAUCACAGAGUUCAUGAAUCAUCCGUGGAUCAAUCAAUCAAUGGAAGUUCCCCAGACCCCACUUCACACCAGCCGAGUUUUAAUGGAGGAGAAGGACGCAUGGGAGGAAGUCAAGGAGGAAAUGACGAGUGCCUUGGCAACAAUGAGGGUCGACUAUGAGCAAAUCAAAAUCAAGACCAUUGAGGACUCAACCAACCCACUGCUAACGAAAAGAAGGAAGAGAGCCAAUAACGCCAUGCCUGAUCCAAAGUCUGCUGCACACUGAAAGAUGCACGCUUGCAUGCACACACAAACACAGGUUGCGAAAAAAGGAAGCAAUAAUUUGUCGACACUAGUCGCAUUGCAUGGAUUUUCAGUGUUUUAUUUUUCUUGACAAAUUCUAAUGUUUUGUAAGAGUGUUUUGUUUUUAUUACUCUACCAUGUUAACAUACCGUGUUAACAGACUCAUUAUUCUGCUCGCGCAGAGCGAUGAGUUGAACUUGUAUUUUUACACCACAAAAGAGAUUAUGACUCUGACAAGAGGAGGAGAGGGGGUAGAUUUCUCUCCUCUUCCAAAUAUGAGGUUGUGUACUCCAGAGGGGCUUGAAUGUUGGAAUAAAACAUGAAGCCUUAGCAUUAGUUAUCUUUCACCCCACAGCCCCGCUUCAGUUGAAUGUUAUCAAAUGGCUAAAUCCCAAAAACAGAAACAAGGGAAAGUUUCUUUUUCUAUAAAUGCAAAGUAAGCAGAUGUAUUUUGAACUGACAAGUGGAAUGUGAAGACUCUGUCCCUGACUGAUGAAAUUAGCUGGAAAUAGAUGCUAAUUUCUGGGGCCGGGAGUAUCUGUCAGGUUCAGUUUGUCUUUAUGAAUGUUGAACUGAGGCCCAUGCACUCACACACGGGCCGGACGCCACUAUGACAGAGCACCUCACUCGUAGCCCCUCUCUCCUACCCUAAUUCCUGCUUAUUUAUCAGGUAAAUAGUUUUAGGACAGAGAAAGAAGCUGUGGUGUUUUUUUUGUUACACUGAAACCAGCUCUUCUUUCUCUUGCAUGUAGCUCGUUGGAGAGUAGGAGGCAGAUUAUACUGUAUUUUUUAAUGGAUUUUAUGAAAGUUUUAGUAUAGGCCUUACUGAGCAUUGCUUAUCAGCAAACGGCUUUUUAACCCCUUCCUACUAUUAAGUUCCAACCUUUACCCAUGUUGCGCUGCAGAAUUGUUUCAGGUUAAUGCUAUGCAGAUGUGUUUGUCAGCUUGAAGUACUGUUAAAAAGUUGUGGUGUUUUCUGUUUGCAACUGUGUUGGGGAGAAGUUAAGCAACAAUAAGGGUUGCUUGUGUGUUUAUGUAAGCAGUAGUGUCUCAAGCAGUGCAGAACUGUUAGUUGCACCAUCCCAGCGGCCUGGAGGCUCAGUCUCUUAUUUGGUACAAUUCACAUUUCUUGGAGGGCUGAGAGAAAGUUAACAUAUGAAACUUCCCUUUUUUGAUGGGGCACAGUCUGAUACGGCACCAGCCAUCUAUCAUCACACUCGGAGGGUAAAAUGGUUCUUUAUUUUUUGUGCUCUGUUAAUGGGACAGGAUGCUUCCCAGCUCACUUGGUAUCAUGGAAAAUAAAUGUUCAUUUUGUCAAUUUGGUCCACUUCACUUUGUAAAAUCACAUUUGCAUCACACCUGAAAAUCUCACCCAAGUAUGUUCAUUGAAUGUUUGAUUAUUACUUCUUUUUUUUUAUUUUUAUUUUGUAAUGAAAGCACAGAUGUGUGUGUCUGUACUCAUCUUUGAGUCUGUUCCGCUCCACCUGCCAUAUUUUUGUCUGCUUCAGCUUUGGAUUAAAAAAAAAAAAAACAACAAAAAAAACCAACACAAAACAAACCUGCUCUUUUUUUCUUCCUUGAAUAUAAAAUCAUUUUUAUCUGAACCCCCCCCCCCC